AUGGCCACGGCCCAAGUGUCUCCUGAUCUUCCAAAACCCUCGUUCGCCAAGGUUGCCGCCUCCGUAUCAAAAGAUUCCGCGCCUCCUGCGCUGCGACGGAUAGCCACACCGUCAAAAGAGCCCCCCAUGGCUUCGACAUUGCCGCCCACAUCUACCGCGCCCGUCAUUGUGAAUGGCCGAUCAGGCAAGGCACCAACUGGGAAGACGCCCUCGCCGCAGCCCCGAGUUACUACCAAUACGGUCGAGCAGAGGAGCGGUGUAGAUAACGUCGCGGGUUCCUUGAAUGACUUGAGCCUCAGAGAAAAGGCGCCCAGUCUUGUUGUCAACGGCAGCGGACCCCUAGCUCCUGAGCGACCGACGAUUGUGACUGGCAGGGACAGCGGAUCCGACGAUUCUCAAAGGGCCGACUCCAGCUCUGAGCUUGGCACCAAACCUCCGAGUCUGGACGGAAAGAGCAUCACCUCGGGAACAACCUUUGCACUCGACGAGAAAGAGUCUCUCAGGCCAGACGACAGCGCCAGCGUCAAGGCGGCCGCAGAAGACGACGAUGCGUUCUCCAUCCGCGGCUCUCUACUUGCCGGCUCACGCAUGGGAUCCGAGCUGGCUGCCAGGGCGCGAGGCAAUCCUCUUGGGGACAUCCCAGAGCGUAGGCAUCCCCAGCCUGCGCCAGGCGUCGUGGUUCAGGGUGUUUUGACCCCUCAGAGCUCGUCGUCCGAGCAGCCUCCCGGCGCCCCUCUCGGUGUCAGCGGCUCUUCAGAUGCCCUCAACGUCAUUUAUAGACAAGCGCCCGAUGAAAAACUUCUUGAAGCCAUGGCCUCGCCUAAGGAUCGGCUCUUCCUGCUACGAUUGGAGAAGCAAGUCAUCGAUUUUGUUCAGGAUUCCAAGGAACCCUAUAUGGACCUCCCGCCGUCCAACUCAUUCUGCAGGAUGCUAACCCACAAGCUGGCUGAUUAUUACCAUAUGACGCAUUCCUUUGAGCCUCAUGUUGGAUCUGUGCGGAUUUUCAGAACACCUUUUUGUCGAGUUCCUACGUCACUGGCGCUCAUCAAUCCGAACCCCAACACGUCCAGCAGCAGCACUCCACCACCGGCCGUGCUACCCAGAAAGAUCAUGCGGCGCGGUCAGGAUAGUGAGGGCGGCCCAAGUGCUAGUCCCUCUAAGCCAACCUCUGAGACUGGCAGUGACUCCAAGGAUAAGCCAGCAGCUGCCAAUCAAAAGUUGACAAGAGAAGAGCGCGAGGAGCUCUACAAGCUAGCUCGAGAACGCAUUUUCGGUAGUUCAGAGGAGAAUGUCACAGAAAACGAUGGCGAUAACGGAGUGUCAAGGGCCAGCUCCAUGUCCGCCAAAGACAAGUCGAAUCUAGGCAAGAGAGGCAAAACCGGCAAGCAGCGACGUGACGAUUCCGACAGCUUCGACUCAAGGAAUCAGUACACAGCUUACUGGGGCCCUCAGCAACAGACUUGGGUACCGCAACCUCAGUACAUGACGCCGCCCAACCCUCAAUAUGGUGCCCAAGGACCGCCACCCGCGCCGUAUCAAGGCCAGAUGGGUCCCGUCUAUGCUCAGCAGGGCCCUGGGUAUCCCGCGAUGCCGGGUAUGGUGCCUAACCAGCCCUAUCCUCCAUAUGCUAUGCCUCCGUAUGCUCCUCAGGCCAACCAGCCACGCUACCCAUCUAAUGGAAGUCCUAUGACCGCGUACGGUGCUCCUGUGCCCCCGACUGGACCACAGCAACCCGCCUGGCAGCCUGGGUUUGCUCCCCCCGCCCAGUAUCAACCCCAACCUAGGGGACCUGCCCCAGGCGGGCCUCAAGGACACAUGGGGAUCCCGUAUGCGUUUGGUCAGCUUCCGGCAAACGCCAACCCCAACGACCCCAAGAGCCAGCACCCAAUCCCAGGUAGCUACAACCGCAACCACGCCUUCAACCCAAAGACGCAGUCGUUUGUCCCCGGAGGCGGCAUGGCUCCCGUUCCGCCUCCACAGCCACCAUUCACUGCUCCUGGAUCACAUCAUGGCAGCCCUCAGGUCGGAUCGCCUCACCUUGCAUACCCUGGCGGCUAUCAACAGCCAAUGCCCCAGCCAUAUGGAGGCGGGUAUGGCAUGGUGAGGCAGGGGUCCAGCAGCUCUAUGCCAGCAUAUCACUCUCCGCAUGUGGCCCAUGUUCAGCAUGCACCUCCACUACCCCCCAUGCCACAGAACCCGCAACAUAUGGCUCCUCCCCAGCCCCUCCCUCACAACCCUCCGGCACAUAUCCCUAACCGACCCAACAUGACACAGGGGCCGAAUCAGGCCUUUUCACAUCUGCCGACGUACGGCAACCCGGCGACUCUACCUCAGAAGCCAGCCACUGGAAUUUGA